AUCUAGCUGCUGAAGUCUUGAACAUUGCGUUUGAGGUGCAAGAGGGAGGAGAUUUUGAAGUCUAAUCAUUAGAGAACUCAUGUCCCUCCACUUCCUCCCGAGAGCUUUUAUCAGCAGAAAAAUGACGCUCAGUAUCACCACAGACGAGAAUACGUCCAUAUCAUCCCUUCAUAGACUGUUUUCCAGCUCAUUUCGAGCUUUCGAAGUAAUCAAGUGUCAAGGAAGGGGUGCCACGGCAUUAUGCCUCUGUAUUUAAGGCGAAUCGAACCCACGUCAGUGGGCAGGAAGCUGGUCCUCCCUGAAAAUGUGGAAGUGGAUCCUUUGAUGGAUUCACAUGAACAGGCGUGCAAUCGGAUGCUAGUCAACAUCAUCCGCCAACUCUCUAGUCUCAGCCACCAUUCCAAGACCGUAUUUGGCCCAUUGACGGUCGAGGGUGAUCUAUUGGUUCAGAGAAUAGGCUGUCUGACCAAACGAGUGGAGACUAUUCAAAAGAAGGUUGAGGACACUGAAAAAAAUCCUUCGUUUUUGUCGGAGUUCGGGGCCAACAGGCCUGAUGACUUGAUCAAUCACAUUCAAUUCUCCGGAAAAGAAGAGGCAUGGCAUUCGGCGGUUACAUUAGAAAAUAACUUCUUUUCUGCUCAGUCCCGUCCAAAGGCGGUUGAGGAUUUGUACAAGCAAUGCGAGCCGAUUCCGAGACUCUGCGAUCUCCAGCAUUUUCGGGAUGACGCCAAGGAUUGCAUCAAGUUCUAUUCCGAUCCAAAGAUGUUCUUUGAAGUUUGGUCGCAACAAAAGUUCGAGGAGUUCACCAAAGAGAAAAUGGAACGUCAAAGGAACAGGAAAACUCGCAAGGAAGGCUCCAAAAUCGGGCGGAGAAACAUCAAAAUAAGAAAAAUUGAGAUCAGAGCCGAAGAAAUUCGAAGAAAAGAGGCCUUGGCAGGAAAUAUCACCAUCAAUGACCCUCCAAAGGAUCUUGAGUCCUCCAAUCAAGUGCCUGACUAUGAAACGGAGCAUAUUUAUGAAUCGGUGGACGCGGCAGACGGGAAAAUUGCGAAAAAGAGCAAGAAAUCAAUGAAGAAGAGAUCGAUAAGAAUAUCCGAACCCAUCGCAAUUGACAUGGGGUUGAAACAAAAUGCAAUUCCUAUAUCUGAAAUGGAAGCUUCCAAUAGAGAGAGCCUUUUCUUCCCACCUCCUCCGGAAGAACUUUUGAACGAGGAUCUUCCCACGCCUAGUCUGGACUUCGUAGACUUGCCUCCUCCUCCACCUGGACUAGACGAUGAUAGCUUUGAGGAAAAUGAACCCAUAGCAAUUCCAACGGUUCAGAGUCUCGGCAUUUCUGACCCAGCGCCCCCGCCUCCUCCGCCGCCGCCUCCUCCACCUUCAGCACCUCUUAAUUCUAAUUUGAACACGCCCAUGGCACCUCCUUUACCAAACGGUUCUUCUUUGAGAUUGCCUCCCAGCAAUAAGGAAAAAUCAGGCUCUUGUCAAAGUUUGCUUUUGCAGCAAAUUCAAGAGGGCAAACAAUUAAAGAAGGUAAUACCUGUAUCAACGCCUGUUGAUGAGAGAACUGACCUAUUGCAACAAAUUCGCCAAGGCAAGCAACUUCGCAAGGUCAAAAUUGACGAGGCCAAGGAGAAAAAAGACCCGCAACGGGCUCCGCAGACCGUGGGCGAAAUUUUAGCCUUGGUGAUUGAUCAAAGGUUUGAGGCUUUUCACGCAUCCGACGAAUCCGAUUCAGAAUUUGGUGACGCCGAUUCUCUCUUUGAAGAGAACGAUUUUGACUAAACCAACGAUUCAAUGUCACUAAAACCGCUUUUAAUCAUAGAUUCAUAAUUCUACCUUCGAAUAAAUCACUAGCACUA